AUGUGGCACCACCACUGCAUCAUGGUAAAAGACGUCGUAUGUCUUCCUUUCAACAUUCUUCUCCUCGAGCGCAUGAUGGCCUAUCCAACAAUAUCCUCAACUGCCGAGCGUGAACGCCGGAUGUUUCAAGAUGUAGAUGCUUCGAAAGCCUAUCUGGCUUCGAUAUCGCCAGGCCAGGUUCCAUCGCAGGACCAAGCCUCAUUUGAUAUGCUUUUUGAGGGCUUAUGUGUUACAGUCCCUUAUGCGAAGGGGACUUUUGAUGCCCUUCGUAUUUUCCCGACGCGACCACCAGGGGCCGUGAUUAACCUGACGACAACCGACAAUAAGCGGGACACAAGACCCCAGUCUUCUCUGGCCUCAGCGCCUUUCCCACCGAAAGCUGGUGCUUCACCUUCAGUCUCGACACCAGCCGAUCCGGUGAUCCCAAUGCAAGGUUUUCGGGCCGUCGUCUUUCGGGCUGCAAGAGAAGUUACUCGUAUCUUCAGAGAGGAGGGGUUCACAUUCGCAAUCUUGGGGAGCACGGCUUGUUAUCUCUACGGAAACAAACGUUUGCCAAAUGAUGUCGACAUUCUCAUGUCCUCACACACCUGCGAUAUAGAGUCGCUGAAGGAAUCCCUUGUCACUAAGAACCCGUCGCGUUUCUACCUCGUGAACGCCAAAUCACCUAGGGCUACGUGGAAGGUCCUGUGGUACCACGAUCAUAGCGCAGAUGGGAAAUUGGAGAAAACGAAGGUCGAUCUCCUCAAACCGGGGGUAUUACAGCUUCCGAUGAUAUUUUCGGAGGAUAUAGUGGAUAAGCAGGGAUUACCCGUCGUUCCUAUGUCGAUUCUACUUCUGCACAAACUGAAGGGGUGGGAGGAUAACAGGGAGUCGACGGAGGAACGUCUUCAGAGCAAGCAUGAUGCGGAUGUGGGAGAUAUAGGAAAGGAAAAACUCGACGUAUUGGAGGCGGUUUGCGUUGGAACGGUUUGA